AUGGUGAAGGGACUAGGAGCCAACUAUCUUCAGAUUUUAAGCGAUUCCGAACUGAUAGUAAAUCAAAUCACAGAAGAGUAUCAGACAAAAGAACCUCAGAUGGAGAAAUAUUUGGGAAAGGUCAGGUCGCACCUCUCCCACUUCCAGGCUUAUGAAAUUAGCCAGAUUCCAAGGUUUGAAAACUCCAACGCCGAUGCCCUAGCCAAGUUGGCAUCUACCUACGAGACCGAUCUGGCGAGAUCAGUCUCGAUGGAAAUAUUGGAUACUCCUUCCAUCCUAGAACCAGUCAUGAUAGAAGUCAAUUCCCAACUCCCAUUAUGGAUGGAUCCAAUUAAAGAGUUCCUGGCAGGCAACGUGCUAGUAGAUGCUAAGGAAGCAAAGAAAAUGUCAUGGAGAAUAGCUCGGUACCUGCUUCGAGAUAGAACUAUGUACUGGUGCGGAUUCUCCUUACCCCUUCUUCAGUGUAUCUCUAAAGAAAAUGGGAACUACGUCUUGAGAGAGGUACAUGAAAAAGUUUGUGGCAACCACUUGGGGGUCAGGUCGUUAUCGGCCAAGAUCAUUCGUCAGGGAUACUAUUGGCCUACAAUUGAUCAGAACGCAAAAGAGUUCGUGAAGGCGUGCGACAAUUGCCAGCGCUUUGCAAACAUCAUCCAUCAACCCUCCGAACUGUUGACUCGGAUCUCAGCCCCUUGGCCCUUCGCAAAAUGGGGAGUGGAUCUAAUUAGACCUUUCCCACUGGGCAAGGGACAGACCAAGUAUGUCGUCAUCGCUGGGUCGAGACCGAGGCGCUCUCAAACAUCACGGAGACAGCUCGGAAUCAGCCAUUUCGGCUCAUCCCUAGCUCAUCCCAAAGCCAACGGGCACGUGGAAGCAAUUAACAAGAUCAUCAAACGUGGACUUAAGCUAAGGUUUGAUGUGAGGAAAGGACGGUGGGCUGAGGAGUUACCUGAAGUCCUCUGGUCCUACCAAACCACUCCUCGAGAGUCCACGAGCGAGACCCCUUUUGCCAUGGCCUUCAGCUCCGAGGCCGUAGUGCUAGUAGAGAUCAGCAUGCCCACUGAAAUAGUUGACUACUACGAGCAAUUGAGGAAUGAGGAAGAGCCGAUCCUCAACCUUGACCUCCUUGAUGAAAAAGGGAAGCGGUUCAGCUACGUCUGA